AUGAGAUGUCCUCAAUCGGCAGCGUCCCGGCGGAUGCUGGAUUGGGCCAGUAGCUCCCGACUUACCUUGGAGAGUAAUUAUAAUGAUCGGCGCCGGAACCCAAGUCUGGGUGGCCUUCCUGGAGAGGCGUGCCAAGGGUGGCGCAGCAACGCCUACACGCAUUCCCUCCCUCUCCAACCUUCCUCGAAAGCCCGAGGAUCUACCUCGCAGCUCGCACUGUCUCGCCCACCCCGUAAUAACCCAAUUUGUAAGAACCCCCCGAUUUCAAGGACGGCCGACGGGCUUAUGGCGGCGACGCGUUGA